GAAGUGGUCGGAUCUCUCUGAGAGGAAGGGGAAGUAGGGGAAGGUUCUCAGAAGCAGUCUCGCAGCCCUUUUCUUUACUUUCAGCCGUUCAUGUUGACGGAACAGAGUCCAUGAACUGAAGCAACUCCUUUCAAAAGAAAAAGAACAUUUAAGUUUCUUUUCAACUGCUUCAUUGUGAUUUUUUUUGUUUGCAGAUAAUAAGUGAUGAUGUCCAAUGAGAAUAUUGGGGAAGGGGGAUAAAAAGGCUGUUGGACUGAAAGUUAAGAGUCACCCAAAUGGGUAGCCAGGAGUCUGUUGAAUUCCCAGUUGACGUGGGAAGGCGGAACAUUGCAGAUGACUGACCAAUGGUGAUGCUUAGGGUCAGGGUGGUUGAAGUUCUAGAACAGAAAUGUCUUACCACAGCUUCCUCCUCGAACCAAUCAGUUGUCAUGCCUGGAAUAAAGACAGGACCCAAAUUGCAAUUUGCCCCAACAACCAUGAGGUCCACAUUUACAAGAAAGAAGGCUCCAAGUGGAGCAGGAUUCACGAGCUGAAGGAGCAUAGUGGACAUGUGACAGGGAUUGGCUGGGCUCCGGAGAGCAAUCGAAUCGUGACCUGUGGGACUGACCGUAAUGCUUAUGUCUGGUCUCUGAAGGGCAAUGUUUGGAAGCCAACUCUUGUCAUCCUAAGAAUCAACCGUGCUGCCAGAUGCGUGAAGUGGUCACCAAAGGAGAACAAGUUUGCAGUGGGCAGUGGGUCACGACUGAUUUCCAUCUGCUAUUUUGAGCAGGACAAUGAUUGGUGGGUUUGCAAACACAUCAAGAAACCAAUUCGUUCUACCAUACUGAGUCUGGAUUGGCAUCCCAACAAUGUUCUGUUGGCUGCUGGAUCCUCUGACUUCAAAUGCAGGAUUUUCUCUGCCUACAUUAAGGAAGUUGAGGAAAAGCCAUCACCCACGCCAUGGGGUUCGAAGAUGCCGUUUGGAGAGCUGAUGUUUGAGUCCAGUGGGACUGGAGGCUGGGUUCAUGGAGUCUGUUUCUCCGACAGUGGGAACCGCUUGGCCUGGGUCAGCCAUGACAGCACUGUGUGCGUCACCGACGCUAACAAGAAGACAACGGUUGCUACCCUUGACACAGAGUCUUUACCUCUCCUGACUGUUACGUUUAUCACGGAGAGCAGUUUAGUGGCAGCGGGUCAUGACUGCUACCCAGCGCUGUUCACUUACGACAGCAGCAAAGACACAGUGAUAUUUGGCAAGAAGCUGGAUGUUCCCAAGCAGAACGUGCAGCGUGGAAUGUCAGCUUUGGCAAAGUUCAGGAACCUGGACAAGCAUGCAUCGGCUGAUGUCAACAAUGCCAACCUUGAGACCCUACACAAGAACAGCAUCAGCCAAAUCUCCAUUAUUGAGGGUGGAAAGAAGAAUUGUUCUAAGUUUUGCACCACUGGUAUGGAUGGUGGAAUGGCUCUCUGGGAUAUUAAGACCCUGGAGGCUGAUUUGAAAGAUUUGAAGAUUGUCUGAAUCACUGGACUAAUCUCUUUGAAACCUGCAAGUCCUUAUAUUGUCCUGCCAGUCUUUCUUAUACACCUCGCUUAACGCAACAUGAUUUCCAUAAGGCAAAAAAUGUCAAAAUGGGUAUCACCCUGUUAUUAUAUUCUAUGUACCGAACAAUAUUAUGUAGUAUUGCCUGGUACUCUUAAAGGUACAGGAGUCUUGAACUCAGUGAAUUGCUUUACUUUUGAAUGCUGCAUAUGGUGCCUUGGGCAAGUCCCAGUUACUAUCCUCAGGGGUUUGUCAAUUUAAACUUUAGGAUUUUUCUUUUACUGAAAAUGGAGCAAGAAUCUGCGCUGUUUAAUUAAUUUGAGGCUGUCUUUGCUGGUCAUAAGAUGAAAUCUGUAUCAAAAUUCUUGCAAUAAUAAAAAGUGAACUGAUCAAGCA